AUGGCGACCGCAGUUGACCUUUCAGACGCAUAUAUGACUCUAACCACCAAACUCGCCGUCGGAUGCGAUAACUGGCUCAAAGCAGCCCAAACGUUCGCAGAGACCCUGACCAAACAAGGGCUCAGCCUCUCAAGGCUUGACUUCGAGACCGAAUGGAUCCUCCGCGUGCUAUUCAUAUCGACAAUGCAGAUGAAACUCACAUCCACACCCCACGGAAUCAUAAUCGAGACGGAGCGCCAACUGAGAGAUUCCUAUGCCAUUGUCUAUGAAGAGAAUGCCGACUUGAAGGAUGAACGAGAUACACUUCGCGCUGAGCUCGCUGCAUUGAAGGAAAAGUCGCAGCCCCAGGAGGACAUGAUAUCGGCUGCAGCAGUCACGCCGGUUUUCAAGGGACUUGAGAAAUUCUGUGGGUUAAUGGAAGAGCAGUUGCUGGAGGUGAAGAAAAAAGUGGAUGCUGCUACGAAGUGA